UCCGCAAGUUGUGAAUCAUUUAAGUUUGUCUUUGAAAAAGCACCUGAGGAGAAAAAUCAAGAUGCAGAAGUGCAUUGGAAUCGCUUGCGUAGCCCUCAUCUUUUGCGCGACACUGUCAGAGACCAUUGGAUUAGUGAUUGCGGCCAAAGAGAAGCGAGGCUGGACACUGAACAGCGCUGGAUAUCUCCUGGGACCCCGUCGUAUUGAACACCUAAUACAGAUAAAGGACAGUCCCAGUGCAAGGGGGAGAGAGGAGCUGCUUGAUGAAUAUGCCAUCGACAGUCACAGAGCCCUCAGUGACAAGCAUGGCCUGGCAGGGAAGAGGGAUAUGCCCAUGGAAGACGACUUCAAAUCAAGUGCUUUGAGAAUAGCAGAUGAGAAUGUAAUACACACCAUUAUCGACUUCCUGUCAUACCUGAAGUUGAAAGAAAUGGGAGCUCUUGAGAAUCUUUCCCCCUCACUCACAUCAGAAGAGAUUGCUCAGGCCUAGCCUGCUUUGGGCUUAUGUAUAUAUAUACAGUAGCUAAUCCAGUUCAGGAUCCCCAACCCUUUCACCUGCUUUCCAAC